CGACGCUUCUCGACUCCAACCUCAAUUAUACUCCUAUAUGGACACUCAAUAAUGCUUGCUUAAAAGAGAACCAUAGACCACCCUGCUGUACUCAAUUUUUUUUCCUUUGCGCUCUGAUAAAUUAUCUCUCAUUUGCACUCAUGGCCACCAAGACCUUGGAAGCUCGCUUCGAGCACCUUUCCGUUAAGGAUGAUUCCGGAAAUGGGAAUAAGGGCACCAGCUACCCUAAGCACAAGAGCUCUCUGUCAACCGCUGUAUCCCUUUCCGGCCUUGGGGUAGCAGGACAGCUAACAAGUGGUGCCAACCGGUCGAAUCUGCUUAAGCUGGCCUUGCAGAAUACCAAUGACAAUAAGGUCAAUGCCAUGAACGCGAACGCUUCCCAGUCCCCGGGCAAAGGCACUCAAAAUCCGGCAUCGCUACGGAAUCUAGACGAGAAUGGUGAAUACGAGCAACCGGCACCUAGGAAACUACAUCUUGGAAUGUUUGAAAUCGGAAAGCCACUGGGAAAAGGGAAGUUUGGCAGGGUGUACCUCGCCAAAGAACGCUCAUCUGGGUUCGUAUGUGCACUCAAAGUGUUGCACAAAUCCGAAUUGCAGCAGGGCGGGGUUCAGAAGCAGGUCAGAAGGGAGAUCGAAAUUCAAAGCAACCUACGGCACCCGAAUGUCCUUCGACUGUUCGGACACUUCCAGGACAGUAAGCGAAUCUUCCUUAUUUUGGAAUUUGCCGGUCGAGGAGAGCUGUACAAGCACCUACGCAAAGAGCACCGAUUCCCUGAAUGGAAGGCUGCGCAUUAUAUCGCGCAGAUGGCAUCCGCAUUGAAGUACCUCCACAAGAAACAUGUCAUGCACCGUGACAUCAAACCCGAGAAUAUCCUGGUAGGGAUUCACGGAGAGAUCAAGAUCAGCGACUUUGGCUGGAGCGUCCAUGCCCCGAACAACCGUCGGCAAACAAUGUGCGGGACACUGGAUUAUUUGCCUCCCGAGAUGCUCACUUCAAACCCCCAGGGCAACUUCUAUAAUGAGAAGGUCGACUUGUGGAGUUUGGGUGUUCUGACUUAUGAGUUCCUGGUCGGAGAGGCGCCAUUCGAAGACACUCCGGUUAUGACACAAAGGAGGAUUCAGCGAGGAGAUAUGCAAGUUCCUUCUUUUGUUAGCCCCGAGGCUAAGGAUUUAAUCAAAAGGCUGCUUGUGCUUGAUCCCGAAAAACGCAUUUCGCUUGAUGAGAUCCAGAGGCAUCCCUGGAUUCUUAAACACUGCGUCAAAGAUGAUCGGACCAUCAAACGAGGUUCGGGUGCGUCGAAGGAUGGCAAAGUAUGA